UUCAGAACCUUCCCUGUCUUGUGCUGUGCUGUAAUAUAUACCAUGUCUGGAGCAGUCUCUAUUAACCCCCUUCAUCUGGUCGCUGUGGUGGGGGGUACACAUGGAAAUGAGAUGUCAGGAGUCACUCUCAUAAGACACUGGCUCAAGGACUCUACCGAACUGAUGAGGGAUACUUUCACAGCUGUUCCAUUAUUGGCCAACCCAAAAGCAACUGAAAAAUGCGUGAGAUACUAUGAAAGGGAUCUGAACCGCUGCUUCACCAGGGACAUCUUGUUUUCCUCCUCAGAGUCCGAAGAUGAGCCAUAUGAAGUGAAAAGAGCCAGAGAGAUUAAUAUGGUGUUUGGUCCAAGAGGAAGCAUAAAAGCUUAUGAAGUGAUACUGGAUUUGCAUAACACCACGUCUAACAUGGGUGUCUGCCUGAUCAUCAGUGGGACCCACAGGACCCUGGAAAUGCAUGCAUGCCACUACAUACAGACCCAUCUUCCCAGCUUUGACCCACAAAUAUAUGUGUACACUGAACCAGGAUCAGAAUUGUAUGAUCUGACUUCUGUUGGUAAAGCUGGUAUUGGUUUUGAACUAGGCCCUCAGCCACAGGGGGUUGCCAGAGCUGAUAUACUGCAAAAUAUGAAGACACUUGUUAAAGUUACUUUGGACUUCGUCAAUCAGUUGAAUCAAGGAAUGGAGUUUCCAGCUUUUGAAGUUGAUGUUUUUCAGCGUGUUGGUCAUGUACAAUUUCCUCUAUCACCUGAUGGAGCGAUAUCUGCAGUUGUACACCCUUCUCUUCAGGAUCAAGAUUUUUCUGUUCUGCAUCCUGGCGAUCCUGCAUUUCUGAGCUUGGAUAACAAGAUAAUCCCUUAUACUGGAAAGCAACCCAUUUACCCUGUGUUUGUUAAUGAGGCAGCUUAUUAUGAGAAGAAUAUUGCUUUUAUAGUGGCUGAGAAGAUUCAAGUAUCUGUACCUGCACUUACCUCCAUAAGUGAGAAGAGAACUCUAUAGACUAAGUGGAUGUAUUUUAAAAAGGCCUAUAUGAAAACAGUAUUAAAAUAACUAAUAAUGGAUUUAGAAUUAAAGGGGUACUAAGGUAAAAAACGAAUUUUCUUAAAUUAACUGGUGACAAAAAGUUAAACAGAUUUGUAAAUUACUUCUAUUUAAAAAUCAUAAUCCUUCCAGCACUUAUCAACUGCUGUAUACUACAAAAUGUUUUUCAAACCAAUACAUAAUAGGUAUAUAAUGUUAUAUAUCCUGCACAGUGGAUGCCAUAAAGAAACAACAAAAAGGUGCAACAAUUGCUAAUUUUGGUUAAAAAAAAGUGGAAUAAAAAUGAUCAAAAGGUAGAAUGUAUCUCAAAAAUGGUACCAAUAAAAAAUACAGCUCGUCCUGUAAAAAAUUAAAAGGUUAUAGCUGUCAGAACAUGGCAACACAAAAAACAUGAAAAACUAUAUAAAAUCGUACUGACCCACCUAAUAAAGAUAAUGGCCCUGAUUUACUAAGAAUAGAGUGUAGUUUCCUUUGUGGGUUUUAAUUUCCUACAUUUUUUUUCCAAUGUAUUUACUAAGGUUUCCCUACAUUUUACACUUUUCCCUACAUUUUGCUUUUUUUUUUUUUACACAUUCUCAGAUCUGUCUGGUUUUCCUCAGCUCAAAUCCACUACAUUUUGCGUGGAAACCUUAGUAAAUAUGUUAGGUUUUGUGAAAAUGUCAGGGACAUGCCUCCUUUUCAGCAGCCAUGCACAAAUCUGUCAUAGACAAAAUCUGGCCCACAACCCGACAAAACAUGUUGGGUUUACAAUAGUAAAUCAGGGCCAAUGUCAUUAUAAAAAAAACACAGAAAUUUUCAAAUUUUUUACAAUAUUUUGGAGUUUGUCACAAAAAAUGCUGCAUGUAUCAACAAAAAUAUUAAUACGAAGUACAAUUUGUAAACAAAAAAAACAAUCUCAGAAUCACUGCCAUCAGAAAAAGCAUUCCAAAUGUAUUACCACUUCAAGAGACACACGUCACAUUUAAAAAAUGGGGCUUGGUAAUAAAGCUCAAAACAGGCAGCAUAAUUAAGGGGUUAAGGAAUUAACUGGUGGACAACACAUAUUGAAAUCCUGGCAGUAGCUUUCCUCUCCUCUCUCCUUUGAGCAUUA